UCACCGAAAAUGGCUCUAGUGCUGAGAAAAGCUUUUUUGCCCAAAAACGCGACGAUACUAAAAUGUAUGAAAGGACGCCCCUUGGCCACGGCGUCCAAUAAAAAGUCAACCGCACCUCUAUUGUAUCCGGCGCUUGGCUCCCGCGAUGCGUGGCCGAUGCUGAGCGGCGGUGACUUCACUGUGGUGCGAGGAUACGCUGAGAAAAAGGAGUCUGAAGCACCCACCGGUGCCUGCCCUUGCGGACCUUGCGGGCCUUGUGGGCCUUGCGGACCCUGUGGGCCCUGUGGACCCUGUCGCUGCCCUUGCCCGUGUGGACCCUGCGGCCCUUGUGGACCGUGUGGGCCCUGUGGACCUUGUGGGCCCUGUGGACCUUGUGGGCCCUGCGGACCGUGUGGGCCCUGUCGCUGCCCUUGCCCAUGCCCAUGUGGACCUUACGGUCCGUGUGGGCCCUGCGGUCCGUGUGGGCCCUGCGGGCCAAGUGGGCCCUGUGGGCCCUGCCGCUGCCCGUGCCCGUGUCCGUACCCGUGCCCACCCAAAUGCCCGACGAAGAAGUGCGAAGCUUGCCCAUGCCACAGUUGUGCCUCUGCUCAGAUGGCUGAGGCUGUGGCGGCCACAGCGAUGGCGUCGCAGGCUCAACAGCACGCUCAAAUGCAGAUGAAUCGGAUGCCGCAGAUGGAUCAGAUGGGACCGAUGCUGCAAAUGCCACAAUCGCCCCAAAUGGGACCUAUGCCUCAAUCGAAAAUGGACCCGAAGUCUCACGAGAAAAAGGGACGACAUCCGUCUAGUUCGAUCAAAAUUACACCUUAA